UUCUUGAGAAGCUAUGAUUGCAAGAUUAAAGCACACAAAACCUUAAUUGGUUAUAACCAUGACCCGGAAUUGAGCUGGUAUUCCGACUCGUUUCCCGAUUUUACAUUAUGUUUCGAAGAGACAGCACUUGUACUCAUUCCAUGCAUUUUAAGUUUAUCACUGCUCAUCAUAACAAUAGCUGAUUUGCUUUAUGCCAUUAUUUUGCAAUAUUUUCAUCGAAAGCACAGAAUAUAUUCAUCUGGUGUUAUGUUUAUAUUCUGGAUUCUCUACACAAUCGGAGCCGCACUUAACUUUCGUACAGUUCUGCAAAUUGUGUUCAAUACGAAAACUGGCUUUGAUUUGAAUAACUUAUGCCCGGAAUAUAAAUCUUCAUUUCUCUCUCGUCUUACGUUUGAAUGGUUUUCUCCAUUGAUAUACAAAGGAUACAAAAAGCCGUUGACCACCGAUGAUAUGUGGCUUUUAAACACUGAAAACAAAUCAAGUUUUAUAAUUGAAAAGUUUAACAAAGUUUGGUUACCAAUCAUUCAACGCAAAUGGAGUCCUAAGGAUGGCAUUUCCAGUCAAAACAUUAACAUUUUUGUGGCUCUAAUGAAAACAUUUUGGCCGCAAAUGCUUUUCGUUGGUUUCAUUAAAUUAAUUACUAGUCUAUUGACAUUUAUGAGUCCAUUAGUACUGGAUUUACUCAUUGGAUUCAUGUCUCCGGACAAUAGUGAACCCAAUUGGAGGGGCUAUUUUUACGCUUCCCUUAUAUUCGUGUCACCAUUUAUUGAAUCAAUACUUAGCGGACAAUACGACUACAGGAAUAAUUUGAUUUUAUUGAAAAUCAGAGCUUGCAUUAUAUCCGUUGUCUAUCAAAAGAAUCUAAAGCUGUCGAAUAACAGCCGCAAAAACUACACAACCGGUGAGAUUGUAAACCUAAUGUCAGUCGACUCGCAACGGAUGACGGACUUCAUGCAAAUGAUGAACAUAUUAUGGUCGGCACCGCUUCAGAUCUGUGUCUCACUAUACUUGUUAUGGCAACAGUUAGGGAUCGCAACUCUGGCCGGAAUGGCAUUUAUGCUACUUUUGAUGCCCGCCAACGGCUUUAUUGGCGCUAAAAUGCGCUCAUUUAGCGGACAAGUCAUGAAAAUGAAAGAUAAAAGAGUGAAACUUAUGAACGAAAUAUUGAGUGACAUCGUUCAAAGAACAGGUAAAAUGCGCUCAUUUAGCGGACAAGUCAUGAAAAUGAAAGAUAAAAGAGUGAAACUUAUGAACGAAAUAUUGAGUGGUAUUAAAGUGUUUAAAUUGUAUUCAUGGGAGACAUCGUUCAAAGAACAGGUGGUUUCACUUCGGGAGACAGAAGUCAAGUCACUUAAUUCUGUGGCAUACCUGAGCGGCUCAAUGGCAUUCACUUUCGUUUCGGCACCAUUUUUUGUCGGUUUAUUUAGUUUUACGGCAUUUGUUAUGAUGUCUUCUGAUAACAUUUUAGACGCAAAUAAAAUAUUUGUCUCGCUUUCACUCUUCAAUAUAAUGAGAAUGCCUCUCGGAUUCUUUCCAAACUUGAUAUCAUUCGGUGCAUUGUUUUUGGUAUCCCUUCGAAGAAUUAAUGAGUAUUUAAAUGCGGAAGAAAUAGACGAGACAUCCAUUUCUCGUAAGGAGAAUAAAGAGACGCCAAUAGUUGUGGAGAACGCGUCCUUCAAGUGGAACAAAGAGAGUCCGAAUGUCUUAAAUAAUAUCAGUCUUAGAAUCAAGAGGAAUAAAUUGGUGGCUAUAGUGGGUCAGGUCGGCGCUGGGAAAUCUUCACUCCUUUCCUCAUUAUUAGGAGAUUUGGACAAAAUUAAAGGCAUUAUAAAUGUGAGCGGAAGUGUGGCUUAUGUGCCACAACAGGCGUGGAUACAGAACUCGACUCUCAAACAGAAUAUUUUGUUCACAAACAAAAUCAACGAAAGAUUUUAUAAGAAAGUCAUCGAUUCGUGUGCUUUAGAACCGGAUUUGAAAAUACUUUCGGCCGGAGAUAUGACUGAAAUCGGAGAAAAGGGAAUCAACUUAUCCGGAGGUCAGAAACAAAGAGUAUCCCUCGCGAGAGCCGUCUAUUCUAAUGCAGACAUCUAUUUACUCGACGAUCCGCUCAGCGCCGUCGACGCACAUGUGGGCCGACAUCUUAUGGAUCAAGUGAUUGGUCCGAACGGAAUACUUAAGCACAAGACCAGACUUCUGGUGACCCACAGGGCAUCCAUUCUAACAAAUGUGGACCAAAUAAUUGUUCUCAAAGACGGCUCGAUAUCAGAAUUCGGCACUUUUGAAGAAUUACUCGCAAAUAAAGGAGAUUUCGCCGAAUUCGUGGCCGAAUAUCUUCAGCAACAGUUGGACUCUGAAGUGAAUGACGAAGAAUUGGAAGUAAUCGAUAAA